AUGGCCCAGCCUGAUGCGAGUGUAGUGCAAGUUCUGAGGGAUAUAGCCAACCGCCUGCGGAUCCAGUCCAUCAAGGCCACGUGUGCCGCCAACUCUGGCUACCCUACUUCAUGCUGCAGUGCUGCUGAAAUCAUGUCGGUGCUCUUCUUCCACACGAUGAAGUAUAAGCAGACAGAGCCAGCGCACCCAGACAACGACAGAUUCAUUCUCUCCAAAGGCCAUGCCGCGCCAGUUCUCUAUGCGGUCUGGGCCGAGAUGGGCAGCGUCAGUGAAUCUGACCUGCUGAGCCUGGGGAAGAUCAACUGUGACUUGGAGGGGCACCCCACUCCGAGAUUACCGUUUGUUGACGUAGCAACGGGCUCGCUCGGUCAAGGAUUGGGUGCUGCGUGUGGAAUGGCUUAUACCGGCAAGUACUUCGACAAGGCCAGUUACCGGGUGUUCUGCCUCUUGGGAGACGGUGAAUCCUCAGAAGGUUCUGUCUGGGAGGCGUUGGCCUUUGCUUCCCACUACAGUUUGGAUAACCUCGUGGCAGUGUUCGACGUGAACCGCCUGGGACAGAGUGGCACCACCCCCCUUGAGCACUGCACCGACAUCUAUCAGAUGCGUCUGGAAGCCUUUGGGUGGAACACUUACAUAGUAGAUGGCCAUGAUGUGGAGGCGCUGUGCCACGCCUUUGGUCAGGCAAGUCAAGUGAAGAACAAACCCACGGCUAUUGUCGCAAAGACCUUCAAGGGCCGGGGCAUUCCAGACAUCGAGGAUGCAGAAAAUUGGCAUGGAAAACCAGUGCCCAAAGAUGCAGCGGAUGCAGUCAUCAAAGUCAUUGAGAGUCAGAUCCUGACCAACUGCAAGCUCACAGCAAAACCCCCUGUCGAAGACUCACCUGAAGUCAACAUCCACGGUACGGAAAUGACCUGUCUGCCAGAUUAUAAACUUGGUGACACAAUAGCUACGAGGAACGCGUGUGGUUUGGCCUUGGCUAAACUGGGUUAUGUAAAUGAAAGAGUUCUUGUCCUGGAUGGUGACACGAAGAACUCCACUUUUUCUGAGAUAUUCAGGAAAGAACAUCCUGAGAGGUUUAUUGAAUGUUUUGCUGCUGAGCAAAAUAUGGUAAGCGUUGCAUUGGGCUGUGCCACGCGGGAUCGAAAUAUUGUCUUCGUUAGCACCUUUGCUGCCUUUUUGACCCAAGCAUUUGACCAGAUCCGAAUGGGAGCCGUGGCUCAAACCAACAUCAAUCUUAUUGGUUCCCACUGUGGUUUAGCCGUGGAUGAAGAAGGAUCCUCCCAGGUAGCCCUUGAGGACCUAGCCAUGUUCCGAAGCAUUCCCAAUUGCACAAUCUUCUAUCCAAGUGAUGCUACCUCGACAGAGCAUGCAGUUUAUCUGGCUGCCAAAACCAAAGGAAUGUGUUUCAUCAGGACCAGCCAACCAGAGUCUGCAGUGAUUUACUCCCCGCAAGAAAAAUUUGAGAUCGGGCAGGCCAAGGUCAUACGCCAGAGUGUCAAUGACCAAGUCACAGUUAUUGGAGCUGGAGUUACUCUCCACGAAGCCUUAAGAGCUGCUGAGAAUCUCUCCCAACAAGAUAUUUUCAUCCGUGUCAUUGACCCAUUUACCAUAAAGCCCCUUGAUGCUGCCACCAUUAUCUCCAAUGCGAAGGCUACGGGUGGCCAGCUUAUCACCGUGGAGGAUCACUGCAGAGAAGGUGGCAUUGGAGAAGCUGUUUGUGCUGCUGUCUCCCGGGAGCCAGACAUCCUUGUUCACCAGAUGGCAGUGUCAGUUGUUCCUCAGAGUGGGAAGCCCAGUGAAUUUCUGGAUAUGUUUGGAAUCAGUGCCAGACAUAUUGUAGCAGCUGUGGAGCAUAUUUUACUGAACAAAGGCACCUGA